GAUGGUUCAUCGGGCGCACCGGUUGGUAAGCACCAGGACCUACACCACCAGCACCACCACCACCAACAACAACAAAACCACCACCAUCAACAACAACACCAGCACCAGUAUCACCAUCACCAACAACAACAACAACAACAGUCGUCCCAUACCAACCAUCACCACAGUCUGUAUUCACUUGAAUCUCCCAACGCUAGCGCCAUCACCACAACCACCACAACACCCGGGGUUAGCCCCGGCAGCGGGGGCUCCCAUACCAUACCCCUAUCGAUCGUAACGGGCGGUCAAUCGCCAACCAAUCCGAGCACAACGACUGGUGGUGUCGGCCAACAGCCGCCCCAACACUUGCACACAUCUCACCCACACUUGUCCGCCACGUUAACCAAUGGCGGCAAUGCCGGUAGUGGUGGCCAACAGUCGCCCCAGAUUAGCACCGGUCGACCGAUUAAGCUGGAGUCGGCGAUGACCGGUGGCAACGCUACCUACUAUACGCCUAACGGCGCUCAUUACUCAACGCCCGAUCACAAAGAUAUACCAGUGGUGACCGCCGGCAUAGGCAUGGGUGGCGGCGCUGAGGACCUGUCCUAUCACACCAACGGUCUGACCAAUGGUGGCGUAAUUAAGCGCAAAAAGGGCCGCAAACCCAAGAACUUGGAGAAUAUCAAUGGAAACACAAACCAUUGUUCCACAGCCACCAAGAGGAAAAGUCGCGAAGGUUCGACGACGUAUUUGUGGGAAUUUUUAUUGAAGUUACUCCAGGAUAAGGAGUAUUGUCCGCGUUUUAUUAAAUGGACAAAUAGGGAAAAGGGUAUAUUUAAAUUGGUUGAUUCAAAGGCCGUCUCACGUCUAUGGGGUUUACAUAAAAACAAACCGGACAUGAAUUACGAAACUAUGGGUAGAGCACUCAGGUACUAUUAUCAACGGGGUAUUCUCGCUAAAGUGGACGGACAGCGAUUGGUCUAUCAGUUUGUCGACGUACCCAAAGAUAUCGUGGAAAUCAAUGUCGACUCUAAUAAUUGUUAUAAUAGUAAA